AUGAUGGGCGCGGCGCGGCGCCCGCGGGGCCCCGCCGCCCCGGACCCCGGCCCCGCGCCCGCCGGCCCGAGCGCCCGCGCCGGCAGCUGGCAUCACCACCUGGUGCGGCGCAGCCUCGUGCUCUUCCUGGUCGGGGUGGUCCUGGCCCUGGUGCUCAACCUGCUGCAGAUCCAGAGGAACGUCACCCUCUUCCCCGACGAGGUGAUCGCCACCAUCUUCUCCUCCGCCUGGUGGGUGCCCCCGUGCUGCGGGACGGCCGCGGCUGUGGUCGGCCUGCUGUACCCCUGCAUGGACCGUCACCUCGGCGAACCCCACAAGUUCAAGAGGGAGUGGGCCAGCGUCAUGCGCUGCAUUGCCGUCUUCGUUGGCAUUAACCACGCCAGUGCUAAAUUGGACUUUGCCAAUAACGUCCAGCUGUCGUUGACCUUGGCGGCGCUGUCCCUGGGGCUGUGGUGGACCUUCGACCGCUCCCGGAGCGGCCUGGGCCUGGGGCUCACCAUCGCCGUCCUCGCCACGCUCAUCACGCAGUUCCUCGUCUACAACGGCGUCUACCAGUACACGUCGCCCGACUUCCUCUACAUCCGCUCCUGGCUGCCGUGCAUCUUCUUCUCCGGCGGCGUCACGGUGGGGAACAUCGGACGGCAGUUAGCGAUGGGUGUUCCCGAGAAGCCCCACAGCGACUGAGGCGCGCGCGGCGGCGCCAGCCCGGGGACCCCGGGGCCGGCUCGGCGACUCCUGGAAGGUGGCCACGUCGUCUAGCACAGCGAGACGGAGGUCCCAGCUCCCCACCUCCGCGUCCUUCCUCGCCCGCCCCCCGCCCGUCUGCUCGGAGCGGCGCCCGGCCGCGUGGGAGGCAGGUGGCGGCGGUUUCCCGAGUAUUCGAUUUCAUUCAUGAUUUUCAAAACAAGUUGCCAUAUCGCAAAGCCUUGAACCGGAACUCAACCCAGUUGCCCACAAGCAGUUUCACGUCCGCGCCGAGGAGACGGGCCGGCGGUGCUCAACCAAGACCAGGCGCGCGCGCCACAGACCCGCGCAGCCAGAACGCGUUCACGUGGGGUGCGUGCGUGGAGAUGGCGCGGCCGGCCCGGGAGACGUGGCGGGAGGAGGCGGGCCCCCCCGCAGACCGUGCGCAGGGCGGGCGAAGGGCACCGGGCUUCCGCACCUGGGCCGCGUGCCCAGUCCUCGGGCCCCCGGCCCCCUGAUUCUUGGUGGCCCGGGGUGGGGGGGGAGGGUGGUGUCUUCCCGCAGCCCCGGGGGGCCUGCACUCUGUGACUGCCCUGUAGAGGGAAGAGCGCGUGCCCCCCGCCCCACGCUCCGCGGGCCCCUCCGCGUCCGGUGGCGCUGGCGAGCGCGGCGUAUUCGUCUGAUGGCGUAGACCACGGCGGACCUGAUUUGCAAGUAUUGGGUCUUAAAACUUCAAGUGCAAUGUAUAUGAAAACCAAUCUGAGCCUUGUAUUCUCUUAAAUAUUUAUUUUUUUUAAACGCGUGAGAUGUUCAUUUCAGAGCUGCGCGGGGCGGAGCUCGGAAGCUCGUCCAGGGGCGCCCCCUCCCGCGGACCCCGACCCCCACCGAGCCCCCGGCCUCCCGGGACUCCUUCGGAGGGCUCCGGUCGUCUGUACUUACACAUGGACCUUUUUUUUUGUACUUUGCAUUGUUUUUGAUUCUGUGGAGAUGGGGGAGGGGGAGAGGUGCCCGCGGUGUCCCCUCCCCGCCACCGGGGUGGGGUUCUGCUUAUUCUGUUUUGAGGAGAUACCUUGGAACAGCCUUGAGGCUUUUGAAACUAGGUUUGGUUUUUUGUUUUUUUUUUUUUUAGAAGAAUUUCAUUUAAAAAGCGUAGGUCCUUCCGAGCUCCAGUGACCCCUUAGAAAUAAACCUCAUCGUCCAGUGGCAUCGGAAGUCACUAGAGACAAGGCAGCGAGCAGACCUCAAGGGUGUACGUGGCUGUACACAAACAAGGAGUAUUUUUUUCUCUUCAACUGGAAGUAUAUCUGUUAGAAAUAACGUAGCCAAAAGAGGUGAAUCUGAAGAAAAAAAUUUGCCAAUUUUUUAGUUCGUCGCAGAUACUUGGAACCAAAGUGUUUUAAAUUUAUAAAGCUGUAAACAUGGUGUGGACAAAAUUUGCACUAUCCCAGGUCUGAACAUCCAGCGAGAUUCACAUUCGUACUAAGUUUUCAACAUUGUGUUCUUUUUGCAUUUUUUACUUUUAUUAAAGGUUCAAAACCAACUGUUGUACUUGCGAGUUUUUCUUU